GUGAAUCAAACCGUGCCAAUACAUCGAGAGUAUCAGGAAUUGGAAAUGUUACGCUCCAUGAAGUUACAAGAUCUCAACUCUCAUAUUCUGUGUGUUUUAUGUGGUGGAUAUUUAGUGGAUGCUACCACAAUUGUGGAGUGUCUUCAUUCCUGUAAGUAUUUCAUCCUAGCAAUUUUUGGUACUUAAUGUAGCAGUUCAGGCGAAGAGCCUGUCAAAUGGAUGUCCUUGAUACAGUCAUUAUUGCUAACCGUUUUUGUUUCUUUAUAUCAUAGUUUGUCGCAGUUGUAUCGUGAAAUAUCUUCACAACUCAUUUCACUGCCCCGUUUGUGAUGUUGAAGUCCAUAAAACGAAGCCUUUGCUGCACAUUCGGUAAUUAGAAGUUUUGAAAUGUUUGUAAGUGAAGACUGAUUAUUGGACUGCCCGUGAGGGCAACGCACAAUCGAGAAAUACCUUCCAUCUCUGCGAACAAAGACUAAUUGGCGGACGGAACUCUCAGAAAGCUUUGCAUGUCCCACUCCCCCGUCAAUGGGGCCGACUUUUGCGGGGAGGGGACGGGUCAUUUCAGGUCGUCUGGCGAACAGAUUUGGAAGUCGAUUUGGAACGAACACAAAAUUAUUGCGUGGAGUUAAUUGGCCCUAUGUCUACGUCCACGUUGCAGUAUUCGAUGAGUUUAGCCUGCGUGAGGGCUAAAGAAUGCCCUCCCACGGUGAUUGUCUUAAUAAGCGUCGAAUCAGUAGAGGUGAAUAAGAAGCUACCACACCUUUUAACGGCUUUGUUAGCUUAAUCGUCUGCCAUUGAAGAUCUCGACGUGGCUCAUAUUUAGCUAUAUUUAGCCAAAGGCAACGCGAUGAAUGCUUAUUUAUACGUUGCAUGAUUAAUUGUCUUUUCUUUUUUUCCCUUUUUUAAACUCUUAGACCAGACCGAACUUUGCAAGAAAUUGUGUACAAACUUGUGCCAGGCCUCUACCAAGGUAAAGUCUUAAACUAGAAAUAUAUGUCUCGCAAAUCCCCAAGUUAAGUCUUAACGGGUGGGUGGGGUUAUGAACUUAUGAACUAUUUCCACCUUCGCUUAAUCAGAAAUACUGUAAGGACCUUGUUAGACACAACAACAGCAGCGAAAUGAAAAUGUUGUCGGGUUCUUGUGUAGAUUAGGAGCAGCAGUGUCUGAACAAAGAAAUAGAAACAGUAAAAAUGCAAGGCUGAUUGGAUUUUUAUACUUUUAUUGUUCAAUACUUCAAUUAAACAAUAUUCAGCUAAUUUUUGUUGGCUGUUGAAUAAACAUUAAAUUUUGUUCUGUCUUUAUCAAUGCUCCAGUGGUUAUGUGUACCACAUUUCUAUGCAAAUAUGGCAAUGCACGUAAUUGCUAGUUUUCAGUAUCACGCCAUUCAAAAUAGAUCAAAAUAAAAAUCAAAACCAUUCGACAGAUAAAGUCCAGAAUCUGGGAAAUGAAAGGAGGUAAAUAUACAAAGACCCCCGCCAAGAUUUGGGUCGAAGGAAUAAUUCGUAUACGAGAUAUCCGAGGAAAUGUUUUACCGAAAUUUAGAGGAGCUUUGUACGGAGACGCCAUGCUGGAGCUCAUCCGGAUGAGCUCCAACAUGGCGGACGGAAACCAACAGAAACACCUGUUACCGAGUUUUGCUACAAAAGCGUGAAUUUGCUCCUAGAGGAACUCAUAAACAUUAAAGUAAUACUUUUUCUAAUACCUGAACUGUUUAGAUAGUAAAAUUCCUCAAAAAAAGUCACUUUUUUAACCUAAGUGACAGCUCUCUCGGCCUUCAUGUAAAUGCUGCGUCACGCAAAAGCUUAGAAAUUCAAGCGUACUCUAUAACAAAACCAAGAACCAUUUUGAAACUAACAUUUGUUUGAAAAUUAGUUUUCAGCUGCUCUAGUAGACCAUGAAAGUAAAAUCUCAGUAGGAUCGAUAGUUUUGUAGUUUGAAUGUUAGUGACGUCAUGUGAAGACCCGAACAAUAUGUUGAUGUCUGAGGUAUUUUCAUAUACCUUAUAAUUAAUAAUCGUUUUUACCAUAGUAGCCCGCAUUCGAGGUUAAUGACGGAAAAUCUUUCAUGCAGUCAAAAAAUUUGGCAAACAACGUGAUGUGUAUAGUUUGUCAAUUUAACAAUGUCUUAAAAGGUUUGUAAGUUCAUUUUUGUUCACAUGCUACAAAAUCGUCGUCGGCUCUGAUAGGCUGAAUGCCUCAAAACCUUCCUAACAUACCUUGCAGCAAUCGAGUUUAGACCCAUACCACGGCAAUAAUCAUUUAAGGAUGCAUCAAGAUUCUUGCUGCGGUCCCUGGCCGCAUAAUUUGUCGGUGUUGGGAGAUGAACUGAACUUGUCGCUGCUUUCAAACAAUUUUGGAAAAUAUUUUCUUUGAAGAAAGCGAUAUCUUAUGCAACUGCGGAAAACACACAGAGAGAGGUUUUAAAUAAUCAUGGAGGCAUUCACUUUUUCUUUAAAAUGCGUAGGUGAAUUAAAGCUUCGAGAGAACUUCGAAGACAAACAAAGGCAAGAAAAUAUCUCAGAAGGUAAGAUGAAAGGCCUCCAUUUUGUCAGGGCGUGCCACUAUUAUGCCGAGGAUCAAUUAAUGUGUAAUAGCUUGGAAACGUGACUUAACUGAUAUAUGUAACUCGGUUAACAACCGUGGCUGGCUAUUGUAUACUGUAAUUCAAAAGCUCAGCUGUUUGUUUAAGCAAACUUAAAAAGCAAUUUUCAGAUUUGAUUAGAGCGGUUUUCAUUUGAGUGUCGAAAAGUAAUUGGUUUUGCACUUUCUACACGAUGCGAUUGGCUUAAAAGAUUCGCGCCACCUUUUCAUCCAGUCAGAAGUAAAACCAAAGCCAAUUGUGACGCGCUCGCAUGCAUUUUCCCGCGCUUUGCGUCAGCCACAUGUAAUUACUUCGAGUUUUGAUUGGUUCAAUUUAUUGUCUGUGUCCUAUGUGAUUGGCCAGAGAAUAUUUUGUUCACAGUCUUUUCUGGAUCUUGAAUACGCCAUCCUUGAAGUCGGAGUAGACGAGACUACAAUUGUUGAGAACAAAAACAUUUACAAAUUUUCGCACGGAAAGAUCCAUCCCAGAAAAAAGAAAAAACGAAAAAGGGAAGCGAACUGUGCCGAAACAAAGAUACAGCAAUCAACUACUGCGGAAUCGUUUCAACCACCAUGUAAAAUUGCAAGCUUUGCAGAAUAUCACAACAGUGCUGAGCCCAUGUUACAAAGUGACAUUUUACCAACAUUUCCAGACACUCCACCAAGUUUUGACCUUAUACCAGAUGCAAAACCGAUUGAAUACCGUGCGUGAUGUCAAACGAUGAGUAGAGCCGUGACUUGUACAAACCGAUCGCCGAAUGCUGGUUGACUCUAAAAGAGUCUAUAAGUUUGGUUCAGACGAAAAGAGGGCUCUGGCUCCACGUAUAGAAUUCAAAGGGAAGAAUCAAACAUUCAGAGAAACUUGAAACAUUUUUGGUCCCAGCCUUUUUGUAGCCAACGGGCAAGCCUUUCCAGGCGAGCCUGUGAAAGAGUUGGAACGAGAGAGAGAAAGACAAUUGGGGGCGGGGUGGGGGUGGUGUACGGGUUAGAAAACAAGAGGGCAAAAAGAAAACACUCUCCCCUACUCCUCUUUCCAUUUUUUUCUCGCCAUAACUUUCGCGUAAUAACUCGAUCGGAAACGUUUGCUUUAUUUUAUUUCUUUCCUGAAACAGAUUUAACGUUGCCUUGUUAUCGGAGGCUGGAAAAGACUACUUCUGUUGGCAUAGCUUGCCUAGAAGCUGGUUAAAAUCCAAAACUGUCAAACCUUUUUUUUCUCUUUUAAGUUUCAACAACUCUUGCCAUUUACUGAGUUAAACAGGGAACGUAACCUAAAGGUUAAAAAGUAAUGUUAAUAUUUAACUUUUUUAUCCGCGGAAAAUCUUUAUUAUCUUCGGAUAUGCCUAACGGCCGGCUGCUUCUUCUAAGAGAAAAUAAAUAUAAGUAACUUACAUUGCUAAAUAUGCUUCAGCUAGCAGAGAAAUGUAUAUAAGAUAAGAAAAGGAAAUUUUUUUAUGAAAAUAAAUUGCGAAAAUCUGUGAUGAAAUGGAGUCUAAUAUUGGUGUGCACUUAAAUGUGUGAAAAAUCGGGUUCUCCUGGUCAAAAGGUUUUGAGGCACCACCCCUUUUUCACGUGUUUUUGUAUUGAAUUUGUGGCUAACCUACCACCAUUUGUAGCCCAUCCCCCCCCCUUCCCGAACAACUUUGAGGGCCUUACCGUGAAAAACCAAAGCCAAUUGUGACGCGCUCGCAUGCAUUUUCCCGCGCUUUGCGUCAGCCACAUGUAAUUACUUCGAGUUUUGAUUGGUUCAAUUUAUUGUCUGUGUCCUAUGUGAUUGGCCAGAGUAAUUACUUUGGUUUUGGUUUUACGACACUCAAACGAAAACCACUCUAACCCCCAAUAUCUUGAUUCACUUAUGCUUGAAGAUUAAGGGCUUCUUCCAGGAAUCUAUUGAGAUGGGAUUGAGUCGGAGAUUGGUGGCAGCUCCCUUCUCAGUCAGUCAAGUCGAGUGUGCGCUCGAAUGACAGGAGGCUGCUCUCCUAUCGUCGCAUUACCUUAAUUUCGUUGUACAAUCAACCAUAAUUAUGUUCGAGUAAGAAAAGGAAAGCCUUCAUGUUAUUUUGGGGGCUAUUUUAUUUUCCCAAAUUGGAUACCAUUAGCUAGACACCUAACACCCUAGCUGGAGCUUCAACGUUCUGUGCGUGAUGCGACCCACUCCGUCACCCUAGUGGUCCCCACAGGAAUGAGAUUAUAGCCUCUUAUUUGUGGUAACUGUCCUUAAUUCUGUGGAAAUAAUCGUUUCAACUGUUGCAAGUGUGAAGAUCGGCUUACCUCGUUCCUUUACUUAUUUACUAGUUACACUGUAUCAGAUCAUCUGAAAUAACAUUUUAUAUUUUCAGAGGAAAUUUCUACCGAGAAUGAAACGAAGAACAAACAGCAUACUGAAAUGAAAGAUCCAGUUUGUAUAACACUGGAAUAUUACAGGUAUGGAAAUACAGAAUUUCUGUAGGAGGCAUUACAACGCCAAAGUUUGACCUCCUUGAUAUGUGACUGAGUUUAAUCAUAGUUUAAUCGAUCAUUUUUUACUCAAUAGACGAAAGAGGAACUGGAUGGAAAAGCAGGUAAGGAAAACCAUUAGUGCUUGCAAUUCUCACCCUCAUUUUCAUCAUCAUCAUCAUCAUCAUCAUUACUAUUGUUAUUAUUAUUAUUAUUAUUAUUAUCAUUAUUCAAUUUCUUGAUUUUGGAAUCUCUUUUACGAACUUCGAAAAAUACCAUUUUCUCUUUCCUUUUUUUCAGAUAUUUCCCACUCGUUAUCUUCGAUGUCCUUCUGCAAUGACUGUUAAUGUGCUCAAGAAAUUCCUGGUUAUGAAAUUCGCUAUUCCUAGCACACACCAGGUAAUCCGCCAAUUUGGUGCUUUAUUCAAGUCGUAGAUUAAUGGAAAAGAAAUAUUACACAGACCAUGCUGGAAAUGUUAAUAAAUGAAAAUAUAAUGUUUUAAUUAGGUCUUUUGAUUUCCUUAGGUGGAAAUCAUCCGCUGCGAUGAAAUACUGCACGGUCAUCUUACUAUGACAGAAGUUUCUCGGAUAUAUGGACUCUAUGCUAAGGUGAAAAUGCAUAUAUAUAACACAAGCUUGCAUUUAUCGAUGUUGUGUCACCAUGUUGAUUUGUAAAUAAGCGAUCUGUAGCUGGUCAUUUUGUUUUACCCUAAGAAAAUGCAACCAUAAACAGUUUUCCAAAAGAGUGAUCGAAUCUUCUCAAAAUCUCCACAUUUUGUCAGCCGUCCCAGAACCCAUCGAAAUUCUUCUUUCCAAAACUUGUGUCACCUUAUCGCGUAUUUUUAGAGCCGUCACAGUUUUUUUAUUUUUGAUAUUUUCCAAUCGCCCAGACCGCAAAACAACCUUUUUCGUUCUCGAAAACUUAGUACAGGGUGUAAGUCAAGCUUUCCGUAAAACGUGUUAGCGUAUUGAGUUCCUUAAUGAAUUAGAAGGAAACCAAAGGAUACAGAAACGUUUAAGUCCUCUAGCUUAUUUAUAUUUUGUUCACAGUCUUUUCUGGAUCUUGAAUACGCCAUCCUUGAAGUCGGAGUAGACGAGACUACAAUUGUUGAGAACAAAAACAUUUACAAAUUUUCGCACGGAAAGAUCCAUCCCAGAAAAAAGAAAAAACGAAAAAGGGAAGCGAACUGUGCCGAAACAAAGAUACAGCAAUCAACUACUGCGGAAUCGUUUCAACCACCAUGUAAAAUUGCAAGCUUUGCAGAAUAUCACAACAGUGCUGAGCCCAUGUUACAAAGUGACAUUUUACCAACAUUUCCAGACACUCCACCAAGUUUUGACCUUAUACCAGAUGCAAAACCGAUUGAAUACCGUGCGUGA